AUGUCCGUCUCCAUUGAAACUAGCACCGUCCCCACCGCCCCAGUCUCCUCCCAGCCCAUCCUGCUGGGUCAACAGACCCGCAUGCCCGAGUUCAGUCUCGCCGGCAAGGUGGUCUGCGUCUCUGGCGCAGGCCGAGGACUGGGUCUGACCCAGGCAGAGGCUCUCCUGGAAGCGGGUGCGAAGGUGUAUGCACUGGAUCGGUUGGAGGAGCCGGCCCCAGAAUUUCAGCACAUCCAGCAGCGCGCAAAGACCCUGGGCUCGGAACUGCAUUACCGCCGCAUUGAUGUGCGUGACACAGAGCUGCUCAACAGUGUCAUCGAGGGCAUUGCCAACACCGAGGGCCGCUUGGACGGCCUGGUGGCUGCCGCGGGUAUUCAGCAGGAGACUCCAGCACUCGAAUACUCGGCCAAGGACAGCAACACUAUGUUCGAGGUCAAUGUCACGGGCGUGUUUAUGACCGCACAGGCCGUGGCCAAGCAAAUGAUUCGAUUUGGGAAUGGGGGCAGCAUUGCCAUGAUCGCCAGUAUGAGUGGCACUAUUGUCAAUCGGGGUCUCAUCUGCCCCGCGUACAACGCCAGCAAGGCAGCCGUCCUCCAGUUGGCCCGUAACCUCGCCGCCGAGUGGGGUCCGUACAACAUCCGCGUCAACACCAUCUCGCCCGGUUACAUUAUCACCGCCAUGGUUGAGAAUCUGUUUGUGGAAUUCCCCGAGCGCCGUGACCAGUGGCCCAAGGAGAACAUGCUGGGCCGGCUGUCGCGCCCCGAGGAAUACCGCGGCGCCGCGGUGUUCUUGUUGAGCGACGCCAGCAGCUUUAUGACUGGCAGUGACCUGCGCAUGGAUGGAGGGCAUGCGGCGUGGUAA